AACCUAGACGUAGGUCUCAAUAUUUUCCAAUCCAUAUCCAACAAGAAACUCUUUAGCAGAACAAUCUGUAGGUUAUUACAAUUAACUACUAAUUAACAUUAUGGAAGGGUUGUGCAAGAACAAGAUCUCAUUAGCCCUACUUUUAAUUUGCCUAGUAGGGUUAGCCCGUGCCCAAGACGCCCCAGAUGACUACGUGAAAGCCCACAACGCAGCACGAGCGGCGGUUGGCCUCGACACCUUGGACUGGGACGAAGGCCUAGCAGAUUCCGCAAAAAACUACGCGAACCAACGCGCCGGCGACUGCGACCUUGUGCAUUCGGAUUCAGGCCCUGGUGAAAACCUUGCAAUGAGCCCUGACGGAGACUUGACGGCGAAAUUGGCUGUGGACCAAUGGGUGGCGGAGAAGGCCGAUUAUGAUUACAAGACCAACACCUGCGCCCCUGGGAAGCAGUGUGGCCAUUAUACGCAGGUCGUUUGGCGUGACACGGGGCUUGUUGGGUGUGCCAAAGUCCAGUGCGCCUAUGGAGGUUCCUAUGUCGUUUGCCACUAUGAUCCUGCAGGGAACUCUGUUGGGGAGAAGCCUUACUAAUAGGCUUAAUUGAUCACAGUGUGUGCCUGAAGGGAUCCUGGCAAUUUUUAUUUUUAUUUUUAUUUUUGGUCCAUUAAUAAUAUUGAUUUAUUUGCUACAUCAAUUUAUCAAAAAAUACUUUAACCCAUUAGGUCCCGUUUGGUUAAUGAGAAAAGAGGCUUGGAGAUGGGAAA